AUGAAGCUCGUCUUCGGCUUCACUGACAACUUUGGCUCCGAAUCGAGGAAGAGCAGAACAGGAGCAGACAAGGAGGACACGGCGAAUCCGGGUCAGUACCAGCCUGUCGGUCCGUCUCACCGGCCCUACCGACGAGGUACCGGGAAUCGGUGGGUCCUGGAGGCCACGCCCCCAGCAGGAAAUCUACACUCGGGCCAGAGGGAAGCAGGUGAGCUCACACAGGGCCUGACUCGUAACCUCACGAUGAUGCUGACAGAGUUCGACUUUGAAAGAAACUUCGACCAGCGUGGAGCCAUCUCCUGGAUGAAGAACAACUGGGGCACGGCCUUCGUGUUAAGCGCCGUGUACGGCGCCCUAGUACUUGGAGGGCAGCACUACAUGAGGCUCCGCCCUAAAAUGAACCUGAGGAGGCCAUUGGCUGUCUGGUCGCUCGCUCUCGCGCUAUUCAGCAUCAUGGGUGCCGUGCGUACGGGUUACUUCAUGCUUCACGUCCUGAGCAGCGGUGGCUUCCGGCGUUCCGUGUGUGACCAGGUCUUCUAUCACGGACCCGUCAGUAAGUUCUGGGCCUACGCCUUCAUGCUGAGCAAGGUACCUGAGCUGGGUGACACGCUCUUCAUCGUGCUGAGGAAGCAGCGCCUCCUCUUCCUGCACUGGUACCACCAUAUCACGGUUCUGCUCUACUCGUGGUACUCCUACAAAGACAUGGUGGCGGGCGGCGGGUGGUUCAUGACCAUCAACUACACAGUGCAUGCUUUCAUGUACAGUUACUACGCCGCACGCGCCGCCGGCUUGCGUGUGCCUCGUGUUCUGGCCGUGGUCGUCACGUGCGCUCAGCUGUUGCAGAUGGCGGCGGGUCUUGCGGUGAUUGGUCUGGUGUACCGCUGGAUGCAACAUGGCGACUGCCCCUCCCACCUAGUCAACAUUGCCUGGGGGGCACUCAUGUACCUCAGCUACCUGCUGCUCUUCUCCAACUUCUUCUAUCACUCAUACCUCCAGACACGCAAGUGCGGCAAGGCCGAGUAGGCGGGGUUUAAGGUGAAAGCUGCAAAGCCUCCUGGGACACGAGGAACAUUAGUGUCACUUCCUGCUGACAUGGGUCAUAAAUGGUAAUUCCCUGUCUUUUACAUUCACUUCCUGUAUGUUUCACUGAAGAACUUUUAUUUUGGAAAGCAGAAUUGGAGUUUGGACCACCUCACAAAUGUCUAUUCCAGACAGAACCAGUCUGGCUGUUUAUACUGGUGGGGCUAGUUUGCUGCUGGGGCCCCUAAUUGCAGGGUGGGGACUGGGAGGUGUGUGAUGGUGAUUGUAAAGCCUGGAUUAUGCUCCUGCGUCGAGGCGCCAGUGUACGGUACGGCGCUUGGUCCUCCCCUCCAAAACCGUCCUGUGUAGCAUGAAGUGCACUUUAAAAAAAAAAAAAGCACCCUCGCGUCACGGCGGGGCACAUCGUAAAGGCUGCGAUUGGUCGGCUUUUUUACAUUAUUUUCUGUGCGUAUACGACUCGUUCAGAGGGAGUACAGCCCACUGUCACCAUCGCCUUCCCCUCCACUUUCAAAUCAAUCUUUGCAACAAAAAUGUUGUAACGUAUUGAUUAGCUCCAGCUGCAAUAACACUCCGCUUCUCUCCUUAAUUACCAAGCUAACAAACUAAAUAGUCAGUGAGAGUUGUAAUUGCUCACUGGGUUGUCUUAAACAAUGCGCCUAGUGUUUUGGCAGACAACUGCACGUCACAAAACUCUGACAAAGGAUCAAGGACCCAUUGGAGGGAAUGGUGUUGGAGGGGACGGCGUUGCAGGGGGAUAGCGUUAGAAGGAACGCUGGUUGAUGGGAAUGGUUGUGGAGGGGAUGGCGUUGCAAAGCAUGGUGUUGGAAGGGACAGCGUUGGAGGGGAUGGCAUUGGAGGGGAUGGCAUUGGAAGGGACAGCGAUGGAGGGGAAAGCGUUGGAAGGGACGGGUUGGAGGGGACAGCAUUGGAGGGGACGGUGUUGAAGGGUCGGUGUUAGAAGGGACGGCAAGUGACGACGCAGAAGCAUAAACCAGGCUUUAGGACCCGUGACAGAAACAGAACAUAGAAGAACAUUAGUCUUUUUUUGGGGGGGGGUUGAGCCCAUAAUGAUUGACAGAGGUGACUUCACAGAGCCCCAGUAUCGUUGGGGACACAGAUGACCCUGUGUCCUCAUGUUACCAGCAUCCAAAUUAACAAUCUAUGAAUUGUCCUCCAGUGACUUUACUGAUCAGUUAACGCCUCUUCUCAUGAUGCAAUGAUGUUGCCAUGGUAACAAGAUACCUUGUGAGGUUUUUUAAAAUUUACGUUCAGGAGGCAAAUGAUGGCUCCGGGCUAGACACGUAUCCAAGAGUUCCUUCUGAUUAUUUAUGACUUUGUGUGAUGAGCAAGUUCAUUUAAUGAUAAAUUAUUCAACAUGAGUAAAGGAAGUUGUUUUGUUCAGUUCUUCAUGUGGACACAAGCUUGUGACAAAAGAAAAUGUCACUCAAUCAAUGGCACGUGUCAGGGUUGCACCUGGCACAUGUCCUUCCAGCUCUUCCACACCAGCAGGUCCCGACUCUUCACCAUGGCAACCAGGCAGCGAGGUAACCUGAGGCCAUUAAACUGUCCGACGCCGUCGUCCCGGCCCAUGGCAAGCAGCAUGGUGACGUUGCCUAGCAACACAGGCCGCUCAGACCAAGUGACGCGACACGAUUGAGAGAGGCGGUGUUUACCUGUGCGGUACGAGGUCAGCGGCUUCCCGCUCAGACUGUUG